GGUGAUUGUACCCCAUACAUCCUCGGAUCCGACCCCCAUUCUAUUCUGAGUCGUCAAUUACUCGCCAUGAUAUCAAAGCUGACGCACUCUUUGGUCACAGGGAAAAGCGCCAUGGCUCAACUGGGCAAUACGAUCCCGCAAGAAUCAACCCACCUCCCUCCCCUCUCCAGUUUUGACUUCUGCGGAAGUAUCCCUUGAACCGCACGGCGAACGUCAACCCAGUGAGGAAUUAGCACAUGGGAAUCAUUCACCCAGCGAUGAAUAAUGGCGACCCUUUUAUGGGUACCCAUUUUCACGAUGUGCGCGAAUAGGAACGCCGGUGGACCAUACGCUACAAUCCAUCAUUCGGUCGGUAUUCGAAUGCCUCUUUUGGAAUUCAAUUUCAACGUCGGCAUGAUGCGGAUUCUAUAUCCUUUCGAUGGUUGGACUUGAUAAUGAUACAUCUCGCCUGGAAAACCUCACGCCACCGACAGACGCCCUUGCUUAUCAGCUUUUAAGGCAUUGAGGUCAAGCAGAGGUCAUCACUCAGCAAUGGAUGCAACCAAAACACUGCCGGCGUCAUGGUACAUUUCACAAAAUCUCUACUCGCUCGAACAACGAGCAAUCUUCUACAAAGCCUGGUACAUCGUUGGAGCUGUCCCUCGGUUUGCAGUGGAACGGGAAGUCGAGUAUGAGUUCGCCGGUGUUUCCAUCGUUGUCCAACACGACGGGAAUGAGAACUUUGAGGUGAAAAGGAAAUCGGAUGGUGUCCUACUCGCACAUCACUUGACCCCGACGGGUCUCUUGUUCACCACCAUCGACCAUUCCGCGCCGCCAUUCGAGCAAUGGUUCCCACCGUCGCUGCUCGAGCUCCUUUCCCGAUACAACUUCCGCCGUCUACCACAUCGUCGCUCCAUCAAAUACCCCGGUCGCUUCAACUGGAAAACCAUGGUUGACGGAUAUCAAGAAUGCUUGCACUGUCAAUACACGCACCGCAGCUUCAGUGUCAAAUACCCGCCUACCUUCUACGAAGUACACAACCACGACACAUAUAGCCGGCACAUUGCCGACCCGCAGAAACCCAAUGACGGUCUUUUCCUCUAUUUCUUUCCCGUAUGCACUCUCAAUCUGUACGGGGGUGGUAUGAGCAGUUUCCGUGUUUGCCCCAGUGAAAAGGUUGGCGAAACUCGCAUGGAGUUUGAUUACUACUUCGACGAUGGGAAGGGCGGCACGGAAGGAUUUGAAGACUACUUUAAGUUUGUGAGGAAGGUGGCGCUGGAGGACUUUGAGUUGUGCGAGGUCGCUCAAAGCAAUUUGGAGAGAGGCGUUUAUUCCCAAGGAGUGCUGAACCAGGCCAAGGAGAGUGGUGUUUUGCAUUACCAACAACUGGCCCGGAAGAUGGUAGUUGAGAAAUUCAAGGAAGAGGAAGCGGAGAAAAACGCUCUCACGCCUGCCAGCAGCCGCGCCAGUGGUGUUGGCUAUGCUGGCGGCCAGGAGGAUGUGUCUGUCUCGGCUUAAUCCAUGCGCUGGGAUCGAGCGACAUACUGGCCCUAUACCCGAACAAAUGGGACUUGUUCAAAGUCCGAACAGUGUAGCUCUGUGUCCCACCGAAC